UAUAUUCAUCCAACAAGUGCAGUAUCUACUUCCCCAAAGAAACAGAGGCUUCAGAUCUAGUUAGGUCCUUCGCAGUUAAUAUACAUAACCACAGACCGCAAUUCAGCAAUGAAAGGUGUCGUGGCUGUGACCGGAGCCUCCGGCUACGUCGGCUCGUGGCUGAUCAUGAAGCUUCUCCGAGAGGGCUACACCGUUAGAGCCACCGUCAGAGACCCCUCGAAUGAGGGGAAGAUUAGGCCGUUGUUGGAUCUGCCGGGAUCGGAGGAACGGCUGUCGAUAUGGAAGGCAGACCUGGACAAGGAAGGCAGCUUCGAUGAGGUGGUGAAGGGAUGCGAGGGAGUGUUUCAUGUCGCAACUCCCAUGGAUUUCGAGUCCAAAGAUCCCGAGAAUGAGAUUAUCAAGCCUACGGUGAGCGGGAUGUUGAGCAUCAUGAGGUCGUGCAAGGAGGCAGGGACGGUGAGGCGGGUGGUGUUCACCUCCUCCGCCGGCACCGUCAACGUGCAAGAGCAACAGAUGGCGGACUACGACGAGCAGUCGUGGAGUGACAUGGAGUUUUGCCGCCGCGUCAAGAUGACCGGAUGGAUGUACUUUGUGUCCAAAACCCUCGCCGAGAAGGCUGCUAUGGAGUUCUCACAGGAGCAUGGCAUUCACUUCAUCAGCAUCAUCCCCACCCUCGUCGUCGGGCCUUUCAUCACCACCACCAUGCCUCCCAGCAUGAUCACUGCCCUCUCACUAAUCACAGGCAAUGAAGCUCACUACACGAUCCUCAAGCAAGUGCAGCUGGUGCACCUGGACGACCUCUGCGACGCCCACAUCUUCCUGUACGAGCACCCCGGCGCAGAGGGGCGGUUCAUUUGCUCCUCGGACGAUCGCACGAUCUACGACCUGGCGAAGAUGUUCAGGGACAGAUACCCGCAGUACAUCAUCCCCCAAGAGUUCGAAGGGAUCGACGAGAAGAUCGGGAGGGUGCACUUCUCGUCCAAGAAGCUGACGGGGCUCGGGUUCGAGUUCAAGUACAGUGUGGAGGACAUGUUUGACUCUGCCAUCGAAGCGUGCCUGGAGAAGCAGCUUCUGCCAUUGCAGACUGUGGAGAAGGAGCAGCAGAGCAGUGAGGUUUUGAAGAAGACCGUGGCGUCGGAGCGAGGAAACGAGUCGAAUGGGCAGAUGGUUCUUUUGGCUUAAUUAGAGAUGGAGUGAUAAUUAAUAAUUUCUGAUGUUUGGUUGUGUAAUGUUAAGUUUAAUUUGCAAUCUAUUAAGGGUAAUUUGGUAGGGUAAUUUGGUACGUAUAAUAAACAGAGCUGCUCGUGAUUGCCUUAAA